UCAGUUGGAUCAACUUCGUCACAACUAUAUCCAAAACCGCACCAAGAUCUGAGCCUAGAAAACUCAGUAUGAAAUAGAUCUUUAGGAAAUGAAGAAAUUGUGCACACCUUACUUGCUACUGGUUGGACUGUUGUUCCAUCCCUCUUCGGCCUUCUUUGGAUUGGGAGUGCCUUCCUACUUUGCUCCAGCUCUGGAAAUUUCCGCGGCAUGUCGUUCGCUGAUUGCAACCUACAACCAAAUCGGAACAAGUGUGAACGCCUUGCCCAGUGAAACGUUUAGUUCUCCAAGCUUGAGUGAUGUGUCCAGCGGUUUUUACGACUCCUUCAGUGGACUCAGCACGCGUUUGGCGACGGUUUUCUCCAAUCUCCAGGCGGCUGCUAACGAUAGAAGCACCAACACCGACACUUUGUUCGCUGCAAUCAACGGAUCAAUCGCUAACGCCACGACGUUUAUUGCCAGCAACAGUCGUAGCGUUUGGACAUCCGCACUGAGUUCCAGCACUUUGCCAAAUCUGAGUCCAGCGAUGUUGGCACUGCAAAAUAUCUCAAACGCCUUGAACGUCGAUAUCUACCCAAAAGUGAUGGCGAUUCGAUCGAAGAAUCCCGGUUCUGUAAGCGCGACUGUUGUCUACGCUACCUUACCACAGUCGCUUUUGUCUGCUUUUGCCGGUUCCGUCCAGAACCUGCAAAGAUUCGAGAGUUCCGCUUCGCUCAGCUUUGUGCAGAACGUCGUGGCUGCACUGCAAAACGCCAACGCGAAGUCCACCAGCUACAUAUCGACCCUGGCAAAUACCUACUCAACCCUUGAUAACUCACUGAGCGCAACUUGGGACGCAGUUUCCUCUCUUCCAGACAAAUUCGCAGCGGACACAAAUUUGCUCUACAAAUCCGUCACCGCCGCCAUGGACAGCUUCGUCAAGCGUAUCAACGAUCUCACCGAUCUCUACCUCGGAUCAUCAGCUACAACCAACAACGCCGCCGUAACGUCCCUGGUCAACAGCUACGUUACGAACGCCACCUCCCAAACAAAACUAGUCUCCACCAAGCUGGACAACUUCCGGUCCAAGCUAUCCGAUCAAGUCCUGAACACCACCAGCAACAUGAUGGCCGCCGGCUAUCGAGCCAUCGAGUCCGCCAGCAAGUUGAUGCUGCGCAAGACAAACGGAGUCAGCUGUGCCAACGGCUUAACCCCGAACUUCAUCCGAUCACUUUCGGCGGUGCUGGCUUCGACGGCGGACUGCUUUAAGGGGUCCGAUUUUAGUUUGAAUGAUGGCGUCAAGACGCAAACUGCGGUGGCGGCGGACAUCCGGGAUAACGUGUUGUACUACUUGAAGCUUUUGAAUGAGAUGUUGAGCUCGGUGUUCAACAGCAGUCCUGCUACCGUACGGAUUACAGCCGAUGCCCAUAUAACGUCGUUCUUCAGCCAAUCGUCCGGCAUCGUGGAAACCUUCAGCCAGCAGCUGGCCAACAUGUACGCCCAGUUGGCCGCCGAUUACGAUCUACUCGUGGGUCGCUCCAGCUACUGUCUGGCGACAAAGGCCGCCGAAUCCGCGAUUCUGGCGCAGGAUUUCGUCACCGGCUUCGAACAGUGCUAGACAACAGGAUUUUGACCCGGACCUCGCGCCAGCAAAUUGCCAUUUGUCAUGGGAGAAGAUAUCAGUGUCCAUCAAAGCGAAAGUGGUGAUGGUGUGUGGACAAAUAAAAACAGUCUUCUUGGCGUGAAGCUCUUGCGCUUUUGUCGUUGA